UUACCUUUCGGACAUCUUCCAUUUUUCUGUAUGAAAGAACGAAUUUGUUGCAUACAUUAUCCUAACCGUAUGAGACAUAUUGGCUGCAACGGUUUUGUACCACAUUUUUAGAACAUAACCACAUGAAGUUUUAAAGGACUGCGCAGAGCGCGCGAGCAUAACCGAGCGGCGGAUUCUCCCCGAGCGUCCCGUAUUGCGCGUCAUUUUCAUUUCAUUUAAAUUCUCUACUGAGACAACAUGGCAACGCCAGCCGCUGUUAAUCCCUCUGAGAUGGCCGCUGAUCUCCCUGGGCCUGUAACAAUGGCAGGUGCUGCGGUGGGGGCGGGGCAAGUGAGGAUGUCCGCUGGCGGUGCCAUGACAGGACGAGGAGGCAAAAGGAGAGCUGGAGGAAUGGAAUUUGAAGAUGAGGAUGGCGAGGGGCCAAGUAAAUUUUCAAGGUAUAAUGAUAUGCAGGUGUAUGGUAAUAAGGGAAGGUUUGCCAGAUUAUCCAAAAUUCCAGAGAAGCAAAAGAAAGUCUUCUCUGCUCCUGAUAUUAAUAAACAUAUGAUAGAGAACCACAGCGAGAUCGAGCGGCGCCGACGGAACAAGAUGACCCUGUACAUCACGGAGCUGUCGGACAUGGUGCCCACCUGCAGCGCCCUGGCCCGCAAGCCCGACAAGCUGACCAUCCUGCGCAUGGCCGUGUCCCACAUGAAGAGCAUGCGGGGCACGGGGAACACCUCCACCGACGGGGCCUACAAGCCCUCCUUCCUGACCGAACAGGAGUUGAAGCACCUUAUUCUCGAGGCGGCAGACGGCUUCCUGUUUGUGGUUGCUACAGAAACCGGGCGCGUGAUCUACGUGUCGGACUCGGUGACGCCUGUGCUGAACCAGCUGCAGGCGGAUUGGUUUGGGAGCACGCUGUACGAGCAGGUCCACCCCGAUGAUGUGGACAAACUUCGGGAGCAGCUCAGCACCUCUGAAAACUCUAUGACAGGGAGGAUCCUGGAUCUGAAGACGGGGACGGUGAAGAAGGAGGGCCAGCAGUCCUCCAUGAGGAUGUGCAUGGGCUCCCGCCGAUCCUUCAUCUGCAGGAUGAGAUGUGGGAGUGCUCCUUUAGAUCACAUCUCUCUGAACCGUCUGUCCAACAUGAGGAAGAGAUACAGGAAUGGUCUGGGACCCAGUAAGGAGGGAGAGGCGCAGUAUUCAGUGGUGCACUGCACAGGGUACAUCAAAGCCUGGCCUCCAGCAGGUAUGACGAUUCCCGAGGAAGACAAAGAGGCCGGGCAAACCAGCAGUUACUGCUUGGUCGCAAUUGGCAGACUUCAGGUCACAAGCUGCCCGGUUUCCAUGGAUAUGAAUGGGCUGUCUGUCCCCACAGAAUUCCUCUCCAGACAUAGCUCUGAAGGCAUCAUCACCUUUGUAGACCCACGAUGCAUCAAUGUGAUUGGCUAUCAGCCCCAGGAUCUGCUGGGGAAGGACAUUCUGGAGUUUUCCCAUCCAGAGGAUCAGAAUCACCUGCGGGAGAGUUUCCAGCAGGUUCUCAAGUUGAAAGGGCAGGUUCUCUCAGUAAUGUACCGGUUCCGUAUGAAGAACCGGGACUGGAUGUUGAUCAGAACCAGCAGCUUCACCUUCCAGAACCCCUAUUCGGACGAGAUCGAGUACAUCAUCUGCACCAACACCAAUGUCAAGGAGCUCCAGCAGCAGCAGCAGCAGGCUGAGCUGGACGUGCACCAGAGGGAUGGGCUGGCAGCCUACGACCUCUCCCAGGUUCCUGUCACCAGCGGCCCAGCCGGAGUGAACGAAGCAGGAAAGGCCAUCGACAAACAGGAGGCCCUGUUCUCUCAGGACAGAGACCCGCGCUUCACGGAGGUGUAUGCCGACAUCUCAGGGUCAGCCGAUAAAAAAAUGAUGGUAAACUCAUCCUCUACUAGUGGGCAGAUGUAUUCCCAGGGGAGUCCUUUUCAGUCUGGGCAUUCUGGGAAGGGUUUCAGCUCGUCAGUAAUUCAUGUUCCGGGUGUGAGUGAUAUCCAGCCCUCUGCUUCUGGCGGACAGAACCUGGCCCAGAUCUCACGACAGCUGAAUCCUGGCCAGGUGGGCUGGACCGGGGCACGACCCCCAUUUUCUGGACAGUCGGGAAAGUCUCAGUCCUCUCCAUUUGGUCUGGGUUCGAGUCACGGCUACCAGGCUGACCCCUCCUCCUAUAGCCCCCUCUCCAGCCCGACCACAUCCUCCCCAAGUGGCAACACCUACUCCAGCUUGGCCAGUCGUAACACAGGUUUUGAUGGGGCAGCGGAAGGUGGGCAGAGUGGGGGGCAGUUCCAGGGUCGGCCCUCUGAGGUCUGGUCACAGUGGCAGAGUCAACACCAUGGCCAACAGGGUGGCGAUCAGCACAGUCACUCCCAAGCCAACCAGACAGAGGUGUUUCAGGACAUGCUACCAAUGGCUGGAGACCCAACACAGGGCACAGCGAAUUACAACAUCGAAGACUUUGCGGACUUGGGCAUGUUCCCGCCCUUCUCUGAGUGAGAUGGACGGGCGGAAUGGCUUCUCCCAGCUGUGAUCCCUCAUCACACUGAUAACAUCGCAACCUUCCCAGCUGGCGUGAGUUUCGCUUCCAUUAACAGCAGUGGUGUGGGAGGAACAACCCGGCCCACGCUCCAUAAUCCGUAAACCGAAACCAGUAUUUGGACAAGCAUUCAGAUCUGGGGUUCUGGUUUUAGUCAGUUAUUAAAUUGUAGUGUAACUCCAAAGCCUGUCCUCACCCUUACCAUUGCCUGAGUGUUGUUGAGAGCGAUUACCCAACAGUCUGGAAGUAAAGGUCUCAUUUGCUCAGUAGUAUCUUGUUCCCUGAACACAAAGCCUGUUGCAUCACAUCUUUGCAGAACCCUGUUAGCUUUCCAGACUGGUUUCGGCUGGUCUUCCCUUUGCUCUCCGUUACGUUUUCCCUUCCUGUAAAGCAGUGCCAAAUUGCAUUUCCUGUGAAUAACACACUGAAGCACAACUCAGUUCCUUUACCAUUUACGUGAAAUACCCUGGUACUGACGUCAUCCGUAACCCAGGGAUACAAUCUCGAGCCAAGGACUCGGGGGUUUAAGCGAACGAAUCAAGUCUGAACAGGAUUAAGUUGCCUUUUCUGAGGCAGCUUGUUAAUGUUACUGGAGCUUAACACUUCAUUGAGCUAAUUUACUGGGUCUCUAUUUGUGUGAUUAAAACAGUGUACACAGUUUCUGCAUCUCUGUACCGAUCACAUUCUUCUACUAAUUCAUCUCUGAGCUUUUUUAAAAGUGAAAGUAUUCAUUUUUAGCUGGAAUUCUUUACACGAGAAUGUAUAAUGUGUAGCAAACUGUGAAGGAAAUGGUACUUUUGUUAAAUCAAAUUUAAGUUUUUGUAAAUAAUGUGAUUUUUAUGUUCGUGUGUUUCAUUAUGUGUACAUGUGUAGGUUUGAUAUUGGUGUGUGAAAUCUGAGUGUAAAUGUAAUUAUUGAUCUGUAGUGCGUUUGUAAAAAUGUAAUGUAAAUGUGGUCCAUAUUUGUGUAAAUUUAUAAACCUGACAAUAAAUUCCUAUUAGUUACGUGGUU